UCAAGCUUCAGCUUGGUUUGUGCCUUCAUCCACCAUCUUGCUUCUUGUAGUAACGAUGGGCUUGAAGUGUGUAGCGUCCGUUUUGUGGUUGUCCCACUGCUUGUCAACCGCGUUUUCAGUGUCUCGAGAAUUUUCUGGCAAUGGAUAUCUGAAGUAUGACAUUGUAGGAAAGGCAGCAAACAAACCAAUCAACUCCAAUGAGGAUGAACUACGUGUCAAAUUCAAGUCCGUUCAACCCACUGGACUGCUAUUUCACACCCAAAACUCGGGUGGUGAAUUAGGAGAUUACCUCACACUUGAGCUCUGUGGUGGAAGAAUAUGUUUUGGCAUGCAGCUUGGAAGUCGAAAAGGUGAAGAUGAUAAAAAGACAGAGAUCUUAGGCAAGGAUCUAAGCAAUGGCCAAGUACAUGAAGUAGUUGUGAAACACGUUAAAUUUAGUACAACCAUUGUGUUAAAUCAAGGAACAUCGGAUGAGGAAACACGUGAAAUCAAGACACGUUAUGAGAAGCUGGAGGCUGACAUUGCCAUAUAUGUAGGCGGUGCGCCUAGCUUCCAGAACUUACAAGGGGUCAAAUCAAAUGCACCUUUCAUGGGUUGCCUGACUGAUGUGGAAUUCAAACCUGAAGGAAUGGCGAAUCCUAUUAAAUUCCUUGUCAAAGGUGUCGCUGAUGCUGUGAAUGUAGAUAUGAAUAAGGAAUGCCCCUCAGCACCCUCCUUUGAACCGUACACUUUUGAUGGCCCAGACUCAAGCUUCACCUUUCAAGUUAAGAAAAACAAUGAAAUGACUGGAAGCUUCAAGUUUCGAUCAUAUAAGAAAUUUGGAACUUUAUUAAAGCAAGUUAAUGGAGACAAUGGUUUUACAAUAUCCUACCUGGAACGUUAUAUUGGAUUGAAUGUGAAAAUUGGCAAUACAGAUACAGAUGUAUCUGUGACGUUUGGUGCAAAUGAACAGAAGGUGAAUAGCGGCAACUGGCUUACUAUUGAGUUUGGCAUCAGUGCACUAUCCAUUUCAUUGACAGUUGGCACCAAAACACCAACCUCAAAGGCUCCUUCUAUAUCAUUCCCAGCUAAUUUUUUCAGUACCGAGGCAAUAGCUGGUGGGUUCACUGGUUGCAUGCGAGAUCUUAAGGUCAAUAACGAAGAAAAGAAACCACUUAAGGGAGUGUCUGCAAUUAAGAAUGUGGAGACAGACAGUUGCAACAUCACUGACCUAUGCAUCUUCUCCCCCUGCUUGAACAAAGGCAGCUGUUCUCAGGAUGGGAGGACCUUUACAUGUGACUGCACUGCCUCUGGAUACAAAGCACCCAUGUGCCAAUUCCCUGAAUCCAGCCAAAACUGUGAGCAACUGAAGAAAAGAGUAAAGGACAAUGCAAAAGAUGGAAACUGGACCCUUGAUCUUGAUGGCCCAGGUCCACUCAAGGCUAGCUCUGGAAUUUUUUGCAACAUGACAGCUGAUCCUCCCAUCACGGUAGUUUACAGUGAAGAUAAAAAUGUGAAGGUUAUUACUGAGAACAACGCAGGAACCAUCACACAGCCUUACGUUGCUGACAUAAGGUAUUAUCCAAGCUUAGAUUUUGCCAAAGCCUUGGCCAUGAACAGUGCAAACUGUAAGCAGUUCAUUGAGUUUGGUUGCAAAAAUGCUAAGCUUCUCAAUGCUGGGGAAAAGGACAGACUUGGCAAUUGGGUAUCUGCUGGUGGAGUGUACCAGGAUUAUUGGGGUGGAGCCCCGCCAAAUUCAGAAUCGUGUGCUUGUGGAGUGAACGAUACUUGUCUGCCAGACAAAAACAAGAAGUGUAACUGUGAUGCCCGAUCCAGCCGUUGGACGAAAGAUGAAGGAUUCCUGACAGCAACAGCUGACCUUCCUGUUACCCAAGUGGUGUUCAGGGAUGUCGACCCACUCAAGGGUUCUGAAGCUAACUUUACAGUUGGCAAUCUUCAUUGUUCUGGUAACAUCAGCAACACGGCAACAUUUGUCAAUGAAGAUGGCAUGAUCACACUCGACAAGUGGACUCCGCCUUCACAUGGUGUAAUCUCCCUCUUCUUCAGAACUCCUUAUCCUAAAGGUAUAAUCUUGUUCAAUGGUAAAAAGUCCGGGGAGUUUUUUAAGCUGUACAUCAUCAAUGAAACCAGUGUUGGCCUCGAGUACAACAUCGGCAAUGGCUACGAGAGGGUGGAGUUGAGUUUGACAGGCAACAAGCAAGUUAAUGAUCGUUCCUGGCACGAGGUGAUCAUUUAUCGCAACAUGAAGCAGUUUGGACUCAAGUUAGACACGGAAGAGGGCGUGAAUUUAAACCCCUUGUUCCUGAAGAAAGAUUUAGAUCUGGAGGGUGAACUUUCUGUUGGAGGUGUCUCCAGUGAUGUGACAGAGGGAUUUGUGGGAUGUAUUCGUGGAUUGACCAUCAAUGGUGAGGUUAUUGAUUUGAAUAAGAAAGCAGGAAAUGCAGAUUACGUGCAAGGUGGCUGUGGUGCAGCAUGCAAGAAUAAUCACUGUAAGCUGGGAGGCAAAUGUCUUGACAACUACAAUGUUUACAAAUGCGACUGUAGUUUGACCCCAUUUUAUGGCUACUUCUGUCACAAAGAUUACGGCGCGUCCUUUUCUGCAAAAGACAGUCAGUUAACCUACACAUUCCCUAAACCAGAGAACUUUCCUGGAGUGGACAUUGUAGUUGGAUUCAAGGUGAAAGACAAGGAUAGCUGCGGAGGUGACAUUGUUGAAAUAACCAGCCAAAAUACAGAGGAGAAUUUCCUUCUUAGGUUGGAUCCCGGCACCAAGAAACUGAAGUUUUCCUACAAGAGCUUUAACGGUGAUGGUUCCUUUUUGAUUGACCCACCAGACAGCGACUUCUGUGACGAAACCAGGCACACAUUUGCACUGAGUCGCAGAAAUGAGAAAGUCAAUUACACGGUUGAUGGGCAAAGCAUGCCAGUUUCCAAAGAAGAUCGGCUCUCAAAACCCUUCCCUAACAUGCACGAGGUAAUUAUUGGACGGAAAGGUGACACUGGGUUUAAGGGUUGCAUUACUGGUGUAAAAGUCACACCAGUUGCUUUUGAAAAGUCCUUUCCUACAGUGGAACCAAUCAAGGCUUAUCUCUAUGAUGAUGUGACCAAGAAUUUGGAAGGGUCAGCACUAAGUAAAGAGCAAUGUGGCCCAGAGCCGGAGGUGCCUAAGGAUUUACCGACACCACGACCAGUUGGCAUUCCUGAUGAUUCAGACAACACGGGCACUCGGGCUGAUCCAACAUCUGGCCAGCGUGCUGACGCGGAUAACAAGACCGCCAUCAUCAUUGUGGUAGUGCUAAUCCUGGUUCUACUGCUGGUGGUGUUGCUGGUUGCUAUCUACUGGUACUGGGCACGACACAAGGGAGAAUAUCACACGCACGAAGAUGAUGAAGAACUCAAAAGCACAGAUCCCUACAUUGACAUGACUGCACCCAGGAAACCGCUAGCAGAGGAUACAGAAAAGAAAAAAGAAUGGUACAUUUAAGAAUUUUUACGCUGCAUGUUUGACUUGCAUUUCUACUGAGGUUACAUGUGUAACUCAUACUAGUCAAUAUUUUAAGCUUUGGAAAUCGCCACAUACAGUGCAUUGCUUGAUUAGUCCUGAGCUGCAGUCAGCUGGUUGAUUUUGAAUUUGUCAAGGUGCAUUCCACUGCUACUGUGGUAGUUAACGUACUCAGCACUUAAAGCUGUAGCUAUUGUAGGUAAAUAAUAUGAUAUGUGCAAAUUAUAAAGGGUUGUGAAGAUUUCGGAAGAAGCAAUUUCGCUAUCCCCCUGUUCCCCUUCCCCCUGUCCCCUACUCAGACACCGCCCAAAUGCUAUACAUGUAGAUAUCCCAUGGAGGGUCCCCACUCCCGUGUAGAAGCUAUAAGCAUGGCCCUUAGGGGUUUUCCCUGGGGGGAUCAGGGAUCACAUUCCCAUGUAGCAACUACCAGCAUCUUCCAGGCCGGCAGCCAGUCAGUAUUUCAAUGGAAGUUGUUUCAUGUCGUUUUAGUUUGUUUUUCGAUGCAAGGUCUGUUACAUGUUCCUGAAGUCAGCUUUUAUUAAUAUUUUGAACUGAAUAACUACUCAGUUUAUUGUUUUAUCUUAAAAAUGAUGUACUUAAUAUGCCAAGGUGUAAUGUUUAGUCCGUGGACUGUCCUAAUUGUUCAUAGCGAGCGUAGGAAAGCCAGCUUUGCAAAGAGCCUCCACUGCGCUAGCGUGCGCACACGUUCCCAUGACGACCGUCAAGUGGUGUCGGACCCAGUGCCUUGGGAUAAACUCGUGCGCGGUUUUGUCGCUCGCGGUUAAUGUAGAUCGAUGACAUCACUGCAGUGAAUUGAAUGGAAUUAAGUUUUCUUAAAUGACUCGCGCGUACCCAUAGCACCGCUUCAAGAAAUAGCCUCAAGAGUGACGGUGUGUUUUGUCGAUUUUAUAUUCAACCGCCAUUAAUUGUUAAGUGCAUUUAGUGUGUAGUGUUGCUGUGUAUUUUAACAAGUUGUGCCUCAUUUUUUGCUCAGUCUUUUGGGCGAGUGAAAAUACUACUAAGGGGUAAAAAUUUAGGCCGAUGCAACACACAAAAAAUGUCUAACUUUAGAUUUAUUAUCCAACGGUUUUGUUUUCUGGAAAACUAUUGAAUUUUGUUUCGCGGUGUGCGGGAGAUAGCAAUAUAUCUUGAUAUAUUUGCAGUCGUUUCGCGUGUUAUUUGUAUAUCACUGGCAGAAGUUGGAUAAUAAUUCUCUUUGCUUGCUUGCGUAUAAUUUGACCCAUUAUUUGCGGGCGUGUUGUAGACAAAAACUCUAAACGCCACAGUUAAGAGAGAGAGAUUUUUUAAGGGAGAAAACUAGGUGAAUAGCUGGGCAUAUUUGACCGUGUGAAGUUCUCGUCGAGUGUUUUGCAAUUUUUGGAAAUUUUGUCUCAAGAUACAUUUAUUAUUGUGGCAGAAAAAGUUUUUCUUCGUAUUGAUCAAAUUCUCGCAUGUUUGUUAGAUGUCUAUUUAAGAGAACUGGUCGUUUAUCGAGAACACUUUGCGUCGGUGAUCUGUUCUUUUAUUCUCCAAACCUUGGAGGCUAUAUUGGCAUCAAGGAAAAUCUCUCUUGUAAUAUAUAAUGAGUAAACAAUGCCGUCUUUGAGCUUCACACCUUCAAAUUGUCGGUGAUAUUUUAAUUGUAGUUCCAAUAGAUAACUAUUGCUUGACAAGUGUAUUUUUUAGAAUCAACACUAGAAUAAUCACGUAUGUGAGUUGUGGAAAGGCCAAAACAAGGAAGCUAAUAGACUGAAUCUUAAAAUUUCUCAGUUUUCCAUGGGUCCUCGGAGCUUGAUGUCUAAGAUGAAGAUUUUUUCGCUUUCCAAGGGCAGUUACGGACAUCAGCUCAGCUACUGGGAGUAAAAUACUAGUUUUCUCGUUUAGUUCCAAGAGUGCCCACAUUUACAGAGCAGGUUAUAAAAAGAUACAAAAGUCAAGUCGAAGCAAAGAAAUCUGGGGCGAGUUUCACUCGCAGUUUGCUUGUGGGAUCGUAAUUGGAGACUAUGUAGCUUGUCUUUUGUUUGUCCCAAGUAACGAUCCCACAAGUCAAUGCGAAGUGAGACACAGCCCAUGUUUCUCCUCAUUUCUGAAGUGUCGAAGAAAAAGAAACGAAAUGAGGUGUAACACAUGAAUAGCUCUUUCCUUGCAUUGUAGAGACUGCUGACCUAAUGUACAGCGGUACCGCGACUGUAGAGUCUCUUGCAGCCGUGGUCCGAGUCAUUUUGUGUUGGCCAUGGCAGCUUUCCGUUUCCAGUACCGAUGUUCAUCCGAAACGAAUUGUUUCGGCCUUGCACAACUCUUGAACCUAUCGUAGGUUUUGUACCUCUUUUACUAGCAGCAAAUCAUUAAUAAAACUUUUCAAAGGAA